UUUCGAUUACGAAACAUUCGACUCGAUUUACAUCAUAUGUGUCAAAUUCCAACUAAGUUAUUGGUGGUAUAAGCAUUGUGUAGUUGUUCAUUUAAGCUAUUAAUUUUCAGUCAACACAAUCAACAACAAUCAUCAGGUUCAAAGUACAAAAUUAGCAUUUUGCAAUACAAAUUUUUUUGAUUCAAACUGAUUGUUUAUCAACAAUUGAUUAAAAUAAUUUACAGGAAAUACUUGGAGCAACUUUAGUUACCUUGAAUACCAAUUCAAGUUAUAAAUUUAACAUUAAAAAUUUUAAUUGGUUGUCAAUAUGGUGAAGUUGUCAGCUUCAUUGUUAUCAAAGGCUAAUACAUUUAGAGCUGUGAUACUUGGUGCACCGGCAUCAGGAAAAGGAACUGUCUCUUCAAGAAUUGUCAAAACAUUUGGGGUUACUCAUGUAUCAAGUGGCGACAAAUUAAGAGAUCACGUGACUCGUUCCACUGAACUUGGAAAAGAAGUUAAAAAAUAUAUGGAUGAAGGAAGCUUUGUUCCUGAUGAAACAAUGAUAUCAUUGAUUGGUCAUGAAUUAAAACUAGCUGGUGAUAAAAAUAUACUGUUGGAUGGCUUUCCAAGAACAGUUGCACAAGCUGAUAAAUUACAACAACAAUUUAAAGUUAAUAUUGUGUUGAAUUUAAUAGUACCACAUUCAAUUAUUAUUGACAGAGUAAAAAAUAGAUGGGUUCAUUUAUCAAGUGGACGUGUUUAUAAUGUUGGAUUUAAUGAUCCAAAAAUAUCAGGUAAGGAUGAUGUUACUGGUGAACCAUUGAGUCAAAGAAUCGAUGAUAGACCAGAUGUUGUUGCUAAAAGACUUCAAGAUUAUGCAACUAAAACAGCACCAGUUAUUGAAUAUUAUAAAAAACUUGGAAUUCUCAUGGAUUUUCAUGGUAAUACCACUGAUGAAAUGUGGCCACAAAUUAAAUCACAUGUUGCUAAAUUUAUUGAAUGAAUAUUUUAGCAAUUAUCAACCCACCAAAUAUACAGCAAACAGACAAUAGAUAAUUUUACAUAAAUAUAUUCUUUUUUUUUAUUCGAACAAAAAUAUAUAUUUAAUUUAGAGAUAUGUAUUUUUUGAAAUUUUAUUAGAAACAAAAUAUUAAAGCUCAAAUAGACUAAUUGCACAAAACUUAAUUUUUUUUUUGAUAUAAAUAUAAACUGUUAAAUGCAAAAGAUAAAAUAUUAAUUACUUUGUAAAUAAAUAACAUUUAUAUAAAUAUAUAUAUUUUUUUUCUAUUUAUUUAUUUGUCAAAUCUAUAUUUUUUUUUUUUCUUUUUUCAUGAACGUAAAUAAUCAUGAAUUCUACAUAAUUAUUGAAAUAUUUAAUUGAAAUAAUAACCAAAUGAUAAAUAUAUAAUACAAUAAAUAAUUUAUAUUUAAAUUUUUACAAACAAACAAACAAAUAAAAUAAAUUUUGUCAAUUUUCCUAUAAAUAGAAAAAAAUAAAUUUAAGAUUUUUUUUUAAUUUUUGUAAAUUAAAACGUCGUUAAUCUACGUCAAGUCUUGUAUUUUAUAAGUUGUUAAAAAAAAAAAAAAAAGCUUAUAGCCUUUUUUUUUUAUUGAUAAAAUUUUCUUUUGAAUAAAUAAAAUAAAAAUAAAA